UGCGUCGCUUGGCGGGGGCGGCGUGGAGUCGCCUGCCGCGGGGCGGGGCGGCGGAUGAGGCCUGGCAGGCUGCGCGGGUGAUGCGCGCCCCGCGGGGGCUGCCGGGCCCGGCGCCGAGCCGCUGAGGCGCCGCGGGGCCCGAGCGGAGCGACCAUGCCGUGCACCUGCGGCAAUUGGAGGCGAUGGAUCCGGCCGCUGGUGGUGCUGCUGUACAUCGUGGGGCUGCUGGUGGUCGUGCCUCUCUGCGUGUGGGAGCUGCAGAAACUGGAGGUUGGAAUCCAUACCAAGGCAUGGUUUAUUGCAGGGAUAUUUCUACUGAUGACCAUACCCAUCUCCCUCUGGGGAAUACUACAACACUUAGUCCAUUAUACUCAACCUGAAUUGCAGAAACCAAUAAUAAGGAUUCUGUGGAUGGUGCCGAUUUACAGUUUAGACAGUUGGAUAGCUUUGAAAUACCCCAACAUUGCAAUAUAUGUGGAUACAUGUCGAGAAUGCUAUGAAGCUUAUGUCAUCUAUAAUUUUAUGGUUUUUCUUUCAAAUUACCUAACCAACCGAUAUCCAAACCUCGUAUUAAUAAUAGAAGCGAAAGAUCAGCAGAGACACCUGCCUCCCCUGUGCUGUUGUCCAUCGUGGGCUAUGGGAGAAGUUCUGUUAUUUAGGUGUAAACUCGGUGUUUUGCAGUACACUGUUGUCAGACCGUUUACUACUAUUAUUGCUUUAAUUUGUGAACUAGUAGGUGUGUAUGAUGAAGGAAACUUCAGCUUUGACAACGCUUGGACUUACUUGGUUAUACUGAACAACAUGUCACAGCUAUUUGCUAUGUAUUGUUUAGUGCUGUUUUAUAAGGUACUACGUGAAGAACUGAACCCUAUCCAACCUGUUGGAAAGUUCCUGUGUGUGAAGAUGGUAGUUUUUGUUUCUUUCUGGCAAGCUGUGCUUAUUGCAUUGCUGGUGAAAGUUGGUGUUAUUUCUGAGAAACACACCUGGGAAUGGCAGAGCGUGGAAGCUGUGGCUACAGGCCUACAGGAUUUCAUCAUUUGUGUUGAAAUGUUUCUAGCUGCUAUCGCACAUCACUACAGUUUUUCCUAUAAACCUUAUGUUCAAGAAGCUGAAGAAGGGUCAUGCUUCGACUCCUUUCUAGCAAUGUGGGAUAUUUCUGAUAUAAGGGCAGAUAUAUCAGAACAAGUUCGAAAUGUUGGAAGGACGGUUCUGGGCCAGCCAAGAAAAAUGUUUUUUGCUGAGGAUCAUGAGCAAAAUGAGCAUACAAGUUUACUAUCCUCCUCUACUCAAGACCCAAUUUCUGAUGCUUCUUCGAUGCCAUCAUCACCUAUGGGUCAUUACCAGGGGUUUGGACACACUGUGACACCUCUCACAACACCAACAACAGUCCCUGCAGUUGAUGGUAUUUAUAACACUUCAGCUACCCGGGACACUGCGGAAUCGCCUGAACUAAUGCACAAUUCAUCAGAGAAAGCUUUGGAUAGAAGUUAGACUCACCUUUUUUGAACGUGUCAAGGAGCCUGUUAUAUUCUCGCCUCAUACGUUCGGUUAGCACAUACUGUUAGCCCUGGAAGUUGGAUAGCAUGGAGUAGCUACUGUGCAGGCAGGAGGAGGAUACGGCUGUAACUGACAGUUACAUAUGUAACUGUAACCAACCUGAGUACCCAACGAAUAUAAAACGCACACUGUAAAAGUUUCUGCAGAAAUUCAGGAAUCACAUCCUUGAACUGCCAGACAUUGAUACAUCUG